CUGGGUUGGGGCCACUCCGAAAAGUGAGUCCCUGGAGGGGAGGGCAAGAAGCUGCGGGCACCCCCGGCGUGGCCAGCGGGGCGGGAGCGAAGUUUCCCGGGAGGUGGAGGCCACGCUCCGGGCUGCCGCCGGCCGGCUAGGGAGGAGACCCGGGCCCGAGGUGGAGUCCGGGCGCGCCGCCAGGCUGGUGGGGGGCCUCCGGGCGGGCGGCACAUUCCCUCGGGCUCCCGGGAGCCGCCGCGCGGUCAGGUCGGCCGGGAGGCGCCAUGGAGGGGAGCCCCAUCCCGGUGCUCACGGUGCCCACGGCGCCCUACGAGGACCAGCGGCCCGCCGGGGGCGGGGGGCUGCGGCGGCCCACGGCGCUCUUCGAGGGCCAGCGCAACUACCUGCCCAACUUCAUCCAGAGCGUCCUGUCGUCCAUCGACCUGCGCGACCGCCAGGGCUGCACCAUGGUGGUGGGCAGUGACGGCAGGUACUUCAGCCGCACCGCCACCGAGGUCGUGGUGCAGAUGGCCGCGGCCAACGGGAUUGGACGACUAAUUAUUGGACAGAAUGGCAUCUUGUCCACACCAGCUGUUUCCUGCAUUAUCAGAAAGAUCAAAGCAGCAGGAGGAAUCAUCCUAACAGCCAGCCACUGCCCUGGAGGACCAGGGGGAGAGUUUGGAGUGAAGUUUAAUGUUGCCAAUGGAGGUCCUGCUCCAGAUGCUGUCUCAGACAAAAUCUAUCAGAUCAGCAAAACAAUUGAAGAAUAUGCCAUCUGCCCAGAUCUUCGAAUAGACCUAUCUAGACUAGGAAGGCAAGAAUUUGACCUAGAGAACAAAUUUAAACCAUUUAGAGUAGAGAUAGUGGAUUCUGUGGAUAUCUAUCUCAACCUCCUUAAGAACAUCUUUGACUUUAAUGCCAUCAAGAGUUUGUUGACUGGGCCCGGGCAACUGAAGAUACGGAUUGAUGCAAUGCAUGGAGUUAUGGGACCAUAUGUGAGAAAAGUCCUGUGUGAUGAGCUGGGAGCCCCAGCUAAUUCUGCAAUCAAUUGUGUUCCCUUGGAAGAUUUUGGAGGGCAGUGUCCUGACCCAAACUUGACAUAUGCAACAACCCUUCUGGAAGCUAUGAAAGGUGGAGAGUAUGGAUUUGGAGCUGCAUUUGAUGCUGAUGGGGACCGUUAUAUGAUCCUUGGCCAAAAUGGCUUCUUCGUGAGCCCUUCUGAUUCCCUGGCCAUUAUUGCCGCCAACCUCUCUUGCAUUCCAUAUUUCCGUCAGAUGGGAGUCCGCGGGUUUGGAAGGAGUAUGCCUACCAGCACUGCCUUGGACAGAGUGGCCAAAUCCAUGAAAGUCCCUGUAUAUGAAACCCCAGCUGGAUGGAGAUUCUUCUCAAAUUUAAUGGACUCAGGACGAUGCUCUCUGUGUGGAGAAGAGAGCUUUGGCACUGGCUCUGAUCACCUUCGUGAAAAAGAUGGCCUCUGGGCUGUCUUGGUCUGGCUAUCUAUUAUAGCUGCCCGGAAGCAGAGUGUGGAAGAAAUUGUCCGAGAUCACUGGGCCAAAUUUGGCCGCCACUACUAUUGCAGGUUUGAUUAUGAGGGUCUAGAACCCAAGACAACCUAUUACAUCAUGAGAGAUCUGGAGGCCCUUGUGACAGACAAGUCCUUCACUGGCCAACAGUUUGCUGUGGGAAACAAUGUCUACAGUGUGGCAAAGACAGACAGCUUUGAAUACGUGGAUCCUGUGGAUGGCACAGUGACCAGAAAACAGGGCCUGAGGAUCAUUUUCUCAGAUGCAUCUCGGCUCAUCUUUCGGCUCAGCUCUUCCAGUGGUGUUCGGGCCACCAUCAGACUGUACGCAGAAAGUUACGAGAGGGAUCCCAGCGGCCAUGACCACGAGCCACAGGCUGUGCUGAGCCCUCUCAUAGCCAUUGCGCUGAAAAUAUCCCAGAUUCACGAGAGAACCGGCCGGAGGGGUCCCACAGUCAUCACUUGAGCAAAGAGAAGUUCAUCUCCAGGGAGAAAAGAACUAUCUGCAGGAGACACUUCACCCACGCCUUCUUGCUACCUGUUUGUGCCUCUCAUGCCUCUGGGAAAAACAUAAAUAAAAGAUUACUUACUGGUGGAGGAACAGAGGGUGGGAAUGGGGAGAAAAAAAGAAUUGGCUUGGCUGGGGUUUUGGUCAGUUCCUCCCAAUGCAGUAGGGUCUUCAGUUGUAUGUUAAAGCUGCACUAUCAUUCAUUGACUCCAUUAUAUCACACACAAAAGCACUCCCCCACCCUAUAACAAGGAUUAAAUGGGCUAAGACACUAGGCUGGGCAUCUGUAAAUUAUUGGUACCAGGUGAGAAGAAGUUCUGAGGAGAAAGCAGUGCCAGAAUUCAGUGUUCCUUAAGCCACAGAUGAUUCUGGGCAGUCCUCAGCAUGGAAGGUUUAGAUUUUCCUUCUGGGACCAAGAAGAAAAGUAAAAACUUUCCAUGAGGGAACUUUCUAGAAUGCCUAGAAACCCACUUCAGACCUGUCAACCAUCAGAUAGCCCACCAUCCCCCUUCCCAUUUCCCAAAUCCAAUGCCACUUUCUUCACAUCUUCUAAAGUUUUCUACAAAUCACAAAUACUCAACAAAACACAUAAAAGGAUGUUUUUUUUCCCCCUUUUUCUGUAAAUAAGGUUAUGUUCCCUGCUAAGCUAACUGCAUUCCUUUAGGUUUAGCCCUUCAUUGUGCUGGUGGAAAGCAGGUGGUAGUCAGGGCACCCCAAAUAAAUGCUUCCUCAACCUGGUCUGGGUCCUUCCUUAACAUAUCAAUAGGUAGUCAGAAAUAGAAUGUCACUAUUUCUGUUCUUUUUCUGGCAGUCUCCCUCUGCUCUCUUUCCUCCUACUAAGGGCCUGUGUUAAUGCACUUGUUUGAACACAGUUCAGAUCUUACCUAUAAUGGCUGUCAAGGAAGAGGUUGCCACAAUAAAAAUAGGGGAUAAAGUAGAAGCCAGGAGAAACCCUUUCUGGUGGAAUGAUAAGGGGCCUGAGCUGGGAGGGCAGGGUGAAGAUUCCUAUUGAAAAGUGGAGUCUCAUAACGUGUUUGUUGCCCUAGAAAAAAAUACUGCAGCUCUAGCAGCCUCAGUGUGGACUCCUCUGGGACACAGAGUGCACGGGACCUGUUUGCAUGUUUUGCUUCCUUGGGAACGGCACUCUCACUUACAUGUGCUUUGUGCAGAUGACUUGGUGCACUAUGACUCUUAGGCAAUGCCUUGGUGCUGUAGUCAAGUUUAGUGUCAGCAGGAAAACAGUCAAGUAGGAGAUUUGUUUCCGUUUUCUUUAUGCUUCUGCGAGACAUGUGCUAGAACCAUUUGUAGCAAAUAAAAAAGGUAUUCCUUCUUUCA